UUAAGAAGGAAAAACCCCUCUCCUUACAACACUUUGAAGAAGUCUGGUGUCUGCUCGUACGGCUGUCUGGACUUAAUAAAUGGGUCAAAAGAAGAUGUGCGGUGGUGUUCCUAAUAUUCAAGUGCAUUUUUACUGAAGUUGAGGGUGAGCACAUCAGAACAGCAUACCUACUUCCUCUUUGUCUGACGCAUUUUUCUGUAUUGGGACUCUGAGGACACCAGAACUGUCCUCACCAUUUCUUUUCUCAUCAGAGGAAGCACAUCACCAAAAUGAAUGGGGUAGAACUCAACUACACAGAAUAUCCAGACUAUACAUUUGAUUAUGAUAAAAUUACACCACCAUGUGACAAGGGGGAAGUCAGAAACUUCACAAAAGUAUUUUUGCCAAUUGCAUACUCAAUUAUAUGUGUCUUGGGCUUAGUGGGUAACAUCUUUGUAGUGAUGACCUUUGCUUUAUAUAAAAAAACCAAGUCUAUGACAGAUAUAUACCUCUUCAACAUGGCCAUAGCAGACAUAUUGUUUGUUCUCACUCUUCCAUUCUGGGCAGUAAAUUAUGCUGCUGAAAAAUGGAUCUUUGGUGACUUCAUAUGCAAAAUUACCAGAGGUAUUUAUGCAAUCAACUUCAAUUGUGGUAUGCUGCUCUUGGCUUUUAUCAGUCUGGACCGAUACAUUGCUAUUGUACAGGCAACAAAGUCAUUUAAACUUCGGGCUAGAACGCUAGCAUACAGUAGACUGAUCUCUUUGGUUGUAUGGGUAUCGUCAAUUUUAAUUUCCAGUUCCACUUUCAUGUUCAAUCAAAGCUACAGCCACUCAGUCAAUGAAACAGAAGAGAUUUGUGAACACAGAUCCAAUACAGAGAACAAAGGCACUGUGCUGAAAUUAUUGCUGCUGGGUAUGCAACUUGUAUUUGGAUUUUUUAUCCCUCUGCUGUUUAUGGUAUUUUGCUAUGCAUUCAUUGUCAAAACCUUGGUGAAAGCUCAGAAUUCCAAAAGAAACAAAGCAAUAUGUCUGAUUAUAUUAAUUGUGAUAGUUUUCCUGGUUUGUCAAGUACCAUAUAACAUGGUUCUUCUUGUGAAUGCCAUAAAUAUGGGUAAAUUAAAUAAACAGUGUGAUAGUGAAAAGCAAAUAGCCUUUGCAAAGUACGUUACAGAAACCCUGGCUUUCUUCCAUUGUUGUUUGAACCCAGUGCUCUACGCAUUUAUUGGGGUGAAAUUUAGAAGUUACUUUGUGAACAUGAUGAAGGAUCUGUGGUGCCUGAGAUACAGGAAAUACAAGACCAAGAGUUCAAGGAUAAGUUCUGAUACCUAUCACUCAAGGCAGACAAGUGAAAUUAUGAGUGACAAUGUGUCAUCCUUUACUAUGUAAUAUAACAUUAUUACAAAGGAGCUUUCAUUAUAUUCAUCCAACAAUCCAAACCAAUCUCAUUAUUCAUGUCACAGCCAGUGAUUUUGACUUUCUGACACCCUAAAUAGUAGUUUCUAUGUUCUACAGCUCCCUUCAUCAAAACAAUUAACAUAAACAGGAGAAUUACACGACUAUGGAAAACUCGUAUUAAUCACUGUCUAGCUAACGUUUAUGCUGUUUUCAAAUACAGGCACUUAAAAUUCUCCAGAGAGCUAAAUUUAUCAAGCAACUUCCUUGAUUCUAAUGAAAAAUUGCAAGUUUGUUUUGAACAUUGCCUUGGUAUUUUGGUUUUAAAACAGGGCUCAACUCAGCUAUCUCAUAUCAUAACAACAAUUUUAAAAGAAUCAGAGAGGCAAAUUCACCACCAACCCCAUUUAUACUUGUAUUAUUAUUAAUUAUUUAUAUUGCAGUAGUGUCUUGAGGUCCUGACUAAGACUGGGACCCCUUUGUGCUAGCAUUGUACAUACACAUAGUAAGAGACAGUCCCCGCACCAACGAGCUUGCAUUCUGAAUAGCCAAGACAGAGCAUGGGAGGGGACAUGCUCAAGGUCACAUAACAAGUCUGUGGUAGAAUGGUCUCCUGAGUCCCUGUGCAGUGCAGUACCGUAACUACUGACUGCUGCCUCCCUAUAUAGUUGUGCCUUCUUAUGUCAGCACUGAAGUGUCUAGAGCCAAUACUAGCAUGGCUACUGAAGGGAAUAGUUUGGUUUUUUUUAAAACUACACACUGAAAGGUUUUGGAACAUCUCCUCAGUUUUUAUCAUCUGUGGAACAGAAAAUAAGGUUUAUUUGAGAAGAGAGAUUUUCCUGAUUUGGCAGUGGAACUUCAGGUUUUAGACUCCUCCGAAACUGACCAUUUUGUAAAUUUGUCCUUGCAAAAGGCCAAAACACCACUCUGAAUAUUUUUGUUUGCUUUAUUAAAUGAAAUUUUAAAUUCACAUGAGUGAUUUUUGUUUUUCAUUGAAGAUGGCCUAACAGGGCAGUAUUUGACUCACUUGAUACUCAGUAUUUUAUUUUAUUUUAUUUUAUUGGACAAACGACCUGGAGAAAAAUCCUGAAGUUGUUUCUCAGUACUUAUUAGUCAUUAAAAUUCCUGUUGGGCUCAAUUGUGCUACCUGCUAAACUGAUGCAAAUCUGGACUAACUCCAAAGACUUCAGAAAUUACUCUGAUAUGACUGAGAGCAGAAUUUGGUUCAUUGACUGCAAUGUAAAGUCUGCCAGAGUUAAUACUGAGUAAGGACUUCAGUAUUUGACCCGUUAUGAAUAAACCUUGAAUACUUAUACAAUAAACUGUAAGAAUUAUUAGUCAGUGCUGGAGACAUACAGUACAACCUAAUCAUGAUCCAGCAUAAAACUGGGAUACAUCUUUUAUACAAUUUAGCUAUAUCUCACAUUUUAUAUUUACACAAGUUUUCAGCAAUAAAGAUUCAGGAUGAAACUUAACUGAUUUUGUAAGUUAUGCACAACACUCAGGAAAAUACAUAAAUAACACAGCUACUUAAAAUGGUUGUUACAGUUUCUUUAAUACUUCUGUUUAGUUAAUUAAAAGUUCUGUUUGUUAUGGGAGCUCAUAAAAUUGUAACAGAGGUCAGAAGAGAAUUAGAGAAGAAGUCCCACACCUUCAUAAAUGGGAUUGGUAGGAGAAUAUUCUAGACAGGAGCUUGGAAUCUUGGAGGGAAUGAUUUUAGUUCUGAAGUGUAGCAGGCAAUCAAUUUCAGUCUGAAAUGAAGGGUGGGGGCAAAAUGUAGAAAGGAGCAAAAGCAGCUGCUUUGCUUUGCAGAACAGCUGAAAUGUGGGGAAGUGACUAGUGAGACCUGACAGGUGGUCUGGGGAAUAGUUUCUGCAUGUGGACUGUUCCCUUCUUAGAUCAGUAUAAAUUCUGGCUUUGGCAGAGUAACUACCCUUGCAUGAUUUUAACUGGCUGCAGAAGGGGGAAGCAGACUGGAGCCAGCAGAGUGCCUGCCAGUGGCAGCAUGACAGGGCCAAGAGCUGUACUGCUGGUGCUGAUGGAGUACUGAGGGAGAACACAGAUGGGACAUGCUACAUGGGGACUGUUCACAUUGGAGCAAUUUAUCAACGUUUGUAAAGUAGUUUGAGAUUUUCAGAUAUAAAUGUUAAAUCUAUUUUUUUCUAAAGAACGGCCAUAUUGGGCCUUCUGACAGUGGCCAGUGCCAGAUGCCUCAGAGGGAAUGAACAGAACAGGUAAUCAAGUGAUCCCCUGUCGCUCAUUCCCAGCUUCUGGCAAACAGAGGGUAGGGACACCAUUCCUGCCCAUCCUGGCUAAUAGCCCUUGAUGGACCUAUCCUCCAUGAACUUACCUAGCUCUUUUUUUUAACCCUGUUAUGUCUUGGCCUUCACAACAUCCUCUGGCAAGGAGUUCCACAGGUUGACCAUGCAUUGUGUGGAAAAAAUACUUCCUUUUAUUUAUUUUAAACCUGCUGCCUAUUAAUUUCAUUUGGUGACCCCUAGUUCUUGUGUUAUGAGAAGUAGUAAACAACACUUCCUUAUCUACUUUCUCUACACCAGUCAUGAUUCUAUAGACAUCAGUCUGAUCUUUCUGACUAUCUCUUCAAAUUUGGAAAUUAGAUAUGGCUUUUAUUGUUAAUUAACUAUAAAUUAUACAAACAUGAUACAAAAAUACAUAUAUAUUAAUUACCUAUAUAUAGCAAAGCAUUCUUACUAGUAGACAUUCCAGCAAAUAAAACUUUGAUAGCCGAUUGGCAGAAAAAUAAUACAGUUCUGUCUUCAUUAUCCUAAUGUUAAAUAGCUGAAACAGUGUCACUUGAUUACACUGAAAAUUCCUUAUUCAUCUUAAAACCUCUAUUAUAGAGCCUAUUCAAUGUUUCCUCCUUCCCCAUCAUUAGAUACAAGAUUUUGAACUGUAUUUUGCUGUUUAUAGUAGAAAAUAUCAUUUAAAAUGUGUAUAAUAUUACUUCUAUGAUUUUUUCAAAUGAACCUGCAACUGUAACACAUUUCCUAGGUAGCAUUUGAAAAACCUGUACAAAUAAGAUAUGCUUAUUAUAGUUUAUAUUCUAUGUAUAUUAAAAAAGAUAAACUCCUUA